UUUUCCUGCCAAUUAAUUUGUCAGUUGUUUGAGUUGAAAACAUCGAUUCAGUGAUAAGAUAAUCUGAUGUUUUCUGGAACCUCAUAAAGGCAAAUUUCCAUGGAAGGUGGAAUGCAGUUGAACUAAAAAGCUGACAAUGAGUGGAGAAAUUUGGCUAAUAAUCUACCUGCUAUGUGGCGUGUUUGAGGCAAGAUCUGAAGGCUUCGAUGGCUCUACCACUGCAUCCGUCGAGAAAUAUGGCAGGAGUUUGAUCUUGGGCAACCUCAGCCUCUGUGGCAAUGUGGCGGAUAAUGUAUUCCUGCCUUUUGUGGGGGACUGCAAUAGGUACUACCUCUGUCGAUCUGGCCAGGCCAUUGAGCUGCAGUGCGAAUCGCCGUACCAGUUUAACGCCAAUACCCAGAGCUGUGUUAAUCCCGGCGAGGCCGAUUGCUUGCCCACCUGCGACGCCUUGAGCUUCAGCACCUUCAGUUACCAGCGCACCUGCACCAAGUACGUGCUCUGCUACUACGGACAGCCGGUGUUGAGGCAGUGCCACGAUGGCCUCCAAUACAACGCCCAAACGGAUCGCUGUGACUUCCCCCAGAACGUGGACUGCGUGGAGUCCGAGUGCUCCAUCUACUACAAUGCCUACCACCUGCGCUACGUGCCCAGCAAGGUGUCCUGCGAGAAGUACUUCCUCUGCGGCAUCGGGGUUCCCCGGGAGCAGUCCUGUACUCCAGGCCUGCACUUCAACACCAAGUGCGAUUGCUGCGAUAUUCCAUCGAAAUCCGACUGCCAAAUACCCAUUGAACAGAGGAAAGUGCGGCAGUUAUCAAGUCGUCUUUCACCCAGAACUCUCACCCAGAACGGCAUCUGCCCAUCCGUGGGUGUCCAUUUCUAUGCCCACGAGUCACGCCAGGAUGCUUACUACUACUGCGUGGAUGGACAUGGCCUCGUUCUGGACUGUUCGGAGGGCUUGCGGUAUGAUCCCAAAGUUCAGGAGUGCCGCGAACCCCAGAAUGUGGGGCUGUUGACACUUUCCAGGCUGAAAGCAGACAGUACUGUUGCACAUACCGAGCUAUCCAGGAUGAAGUGGCUGAUAAAUAGUGGAAUACUCCUGGUCGUUUUAUGUGCUCAUGGGAUUCAGGCCGAGGAAGAUUUGGUGGUGGCCCCCGGUCCAGAUGAUGAUCGCGAAGGCGGAAAUGGCGAAGAUGACUCUGUAUACGAUAUAUACAAGAACACCCAAAUCGACGUUUGCAACAACGUGGUGGAUGGCGUUUUUCUGCCCUAUGUGGGCGAUUGCGAUAAGUAUAUCGAGUGUAAAAAUAACACAAUACUAAAAAUAGGCAGCUGUAAGGCAUUGGACCAGGCCUCUGUCCCUCCGGUAUUGUGCCCCAAUCCGAAUGAGACGUGUGAAGUGGGCUACGAUCCGGUGCGCCAGAUUUGCACAUACUUGAAGCUCGCGAAGUGCCUGCCCACCUGCCAGUCGAUGGAGUUGAGCAGCUUCUGCUACGACAACACCUGCACCAAGUACGUGCUGUGCUACUACGGCAAACCCGUGCUGCGGGAGUGCCACGAUGGACUGCAGUAUAACAAUGUGACGGAUCGCUGCGACUUUCCCGAGUACGUGGACUGUGUGGCCAACGACUGCUCGGUCACCUUCCAGCCGAAGGACAUCAUCUACCUGGCCAGCAAGGCGUCCUGCAGCAAGUACUUCGUCUGCUCCGAUGGCCAACCGUGGGAGCAGGAGUGCGCUCCCGGAUUGGCCUACAAUCCGGAGUGCAAGUGCUGUGACUUCGCCAAGAAUGUCAACUGCACGAUUAAUGCCACUGCUAGGCAAAUUGUGCCCUAUUCCCGUUCCCCGCUGCGACGUGCCGACAUUGAGUGUCCCCAUGUGGGCAUACACUUCUAUCCGCACAAAUCCCGCCCCGAUGCGUACUACUACUGCGUCGAGGGCCGAGGAGUCACCCUGGACUGCACUCCGGGUCUGCACUACGAUCCCAAGGUGGAGGAGUGCCGCCAGCCGCAAUUUGUGGGUGCCUAACUGAGUUCUUCCAAAUAAAUAAUUACAUUGAGAAAACAAUCGAAAGCAAUCGCUAUGUUGACUUUAUAUUUGACUUUA